UCACAGUGAACGUGCAACCGUAAACAGAAGAAAGCGGAAACAAAAGAGGAUUUAUAGAAACAUAAACACAUCUCGAUUUAUCCAAGUACUCAGGGAGUAAAAUACAGCCAUUGAUUUCGCCAGCAAUAACACUGAACCUGAAAAUAAAGAGCGUGUCGACGUGAGCUGAGGUGCUGCAUCAGUCAACAUGGCACUGAAAAGAAUACAGAAGGAGCUCCAAGACCUGCAGAGAGACCCUCCAGCACAGUGCUCUGCAGGACCAGUGGGGGACGAUUUGUUUCAUUGGCAGGCCACCAUAAUGGGUCCAGGUGACAGUCCGUACCAAGGAGGAGUAUUUUUUCUCACAAUCCACUUCCCUACUGAUUACCCGUUCAAGCCACCAAAAGUAGCGUUUACAACAAAGAUUUAUCACCCAAAUAUAAACAGCAACGGCAGUAUCUGUUUGGACAUUCUACGGUCACAGUGGUCUCCAGCACUAACAGUGUCUAAAGUUUUAUUGUCUAUAUGUUCACUGCUUUGUGAUCCAAACCCAGAUGAUCCCUUAGUUCCAGACAUAGCACACAUCUACAAGAAUGACAAAGACAAAUACAAUAAACUAGCAAAGGAAUGGACCCAGAAAUAUGCCAUGUGAAGACUCAUCUAAAAGAAACUCGCUGAGAAGUUUUCUUUUCCCUUCCUUUUUUAAAGUCAGAACACACUGUAAAUGAUAGCAUGGAAUCAUUUAAUAAUGUUAGGUAAAGUCCAUAAACCUGUACUGUCAUCAACAAUAUUAUUAUUAAUCAGAGACCAUAACAUUCACAAAUAAUGCAGGGGAUUUUUACUCUAGAGCAGAUAAGAAAAUUUGCCUGACUCCACGAAGCGUUAAUUUGUCCAUUAAACUUUGUCAUGUUCUUUCAUCAAGUACAUUUUAUUUAUAAAACAUUUAUAACAAACUAUGCCAUUGGCUGUUUUUUAAAUAAAACGUGGGAAAUGUA